AUGGAUAGUGAACUACAGUGGUCGGGACAAUUUACAGCGUCACCUGCCGGCAACUUGCGCGGAGACAAGAUUGUCUUGCCUCAAUCUGCGCUCGAACAAUUACUCACGGCCGCCUCGACAGCCGCCUCCGCCACAUCGCAACCCUCGAAUGACUUCAGUUCUUACUCGUCGUAUUAUGCAGGCUCACGACAGCCUAAUCACCGCUCAUCAGAACAAAAGAACCAGUUACCACAUCCUCUGACCUUCCGCUUGGUCAACGCGAAUAAUGGCCGAGUCGUCUAUGCAGGCAUCCGCGAGUUCUCGGCGGAAGAGGGAUGCACCAUACUAAGCAGCUUCCUCUGGCAAGCACUGGAUCUUAAAGAAGAUGAAGCACAAGUCACAAUACAUGCGCGACAAAUACCCAAGGGCACGUUCGUCAAGCUACGCCCGCUCGAGGCUGGCUACGAUCCAGACGACUGGAAGGCCUUGCUGGAACAGCAUUUGCGUUCAAAUUAUACUACUCUGACAAAGGGAGAGGUUUUGGUUGUGCCUGGCCCGGCAAGAGAAGAGUUCCGCUUCCUCAUAGACUCAUUCAAACCAGAGUCUGAUGCCGUGUGUGUCGUAGACACCGAUCUCGAGGUUGACAUUGAGGCUCUGAAUGAAGAGCAAGCAAGGGAAACGAUUGCCAGAAUUGCACAAAAGAUACAGAAAACCAAUGGUAGUGAAGGCAGCUCUGCAGGCGGAGACCUUGACCUCUUCCGAGCCAAGCAGGGUCAAAUCUCGCCUGGCGAUUACAUUGACUAUCAGUUGCCAUCAUGGCCAAGGUCCCAAGCAAUCGAGAUCGAGGUCGAAGGUGUAGAUACAGACGAUGACGUUGACCUUCUCGUAUCGCCUUUCUCAGCACACCAACGGAACAGGCCGCGUCUUGAGGAACACGUCUUUGGUGAUUUCAGUGGACGGCCGGCGAAGAGAAUCCGCCUUGAAGCGUCCAACGCCGAGCUCGAAGAUGCAGAGGCUCUUUGGAUCUCCGUUCAUGUCUUCCGUGACGCAGACAACCAUGUCUCAGCAGAACCUCGUCAGUUUACAGUGCGUGUAAAGACAGGUGACACAAAACCUGCCGAUUCUACUUCAAUCCCUGAGCAACCACCGAAUCCCGAAGAUGUGCGCUGCAAGAACUGCGGGCAGUGGGUGCCGCAACGAACACUGAUGCUUCAUGAGAACUUUUGUCUGCGCAACAACGUCCUCUGUCCUCAAGGAUGCGGCCAGGUCUUCCAAAAGCGCUCCCCAGCAUUAGAGAAACACUGGCAUUGUCCACACGACACCUUCUAUGGUAACAGCUCUGCUUCGCAACUUAAGCACAACUACCUCUACCACCCACCGUCACCAUUCACUUGCACGUCAUGCAGCACGGCUGCCACUUUUUCCUCUCUUCCCCAGCUUGCUCAUCACAAAACUUCUGUCUGCCCAGCUAAGACGAUCUUGUGUCGCUUCUGCCACUUGUCAGUACCACAAGAAGGUGAUCCCGAUGUGCCAAAUGCGGAAGCAUUGCUCUCAGGUCUCACGCCCCACGAGUUAGCCGAUGGCAGCAGGACGACAGAAUGUCAUCUCUGUUCACGAAUCGUACGCCUACGAGAUAUGGAAACUCAUCUCAAACACCACGACUUGACUCGAAAAUCACGAUCACAGCCCCGUCUGUGCCGAAAUACCAACUGCGGCCGCACUCUCGAUGGCACAUCUCACGAUGGCAACACAAGAGCCGUUGCUAAAGACACAGGAAACGAUAUUGGCUUGUGUGCAGCUUGCUUCGGGCCAUUGUAUGUUAGCACCUACGAUCCAGAGAACAAAGCCUUGAAGCGUAGAAUCGAACGUCGAUACCUGACGCAGCUUCUGACUGGCUGUGGAAAGUCUUGGUGCUGCAACACUUUCUGCAAGACUGGAAGAACAAACACUGGUGUAGGCGGCGCAAUGACAACGAAGGACGCCUUGCCAAUGAUCAAACCAUACGUGGAUGCAAUUGUCACGUCGAACGAGGUAAAGCCAUUGCACUUCUGUGUUGAUGAGCCUAGCCAGAUUAGGAGAACUUUGGCGGAGAUGCUGAAGGAGGAACACGGCAUGAAGGGAGAGUCCUACGCAUUACCUUGGUGUAUCGGUGCUCUCGAAGCAGAGAACGGACAGUUGGACAAGGCGAGAGAGUGGCUUGGCAAUUGGGCACCAACAAGAGCUGAAGAAGGCUCAUGAUAGGCCACCAAGAUGAGCCAUGAUACGAUGAAUGCAUGGACGAGAACUUUGUGGUAGAUACGAACCAAUGGUAAUCGCAACACAUGUGUUUAGAGCUGAUAAAUGCUCAGACAAGAGCAGGAAUGAUCGUC